CCCGUGUGCGCCAUGAGCGAGCCGUGGCGGCCCCCCGGCAGCGCGGUGGGCUGGCUGGCGUGCGGGGGCCUCUCCCUGCUGGCCAACGCCUGGGGCAUCCUGAGCGUGGGCACCCGGCAGAAGAGGUGGAAGGCGCUGGAGUUCCUGCUGUGCGCCCUGGCUGCCACGCACAUGCUCAACGUGGCCGGGCCCAUCGCCACCUACGCCGUGAUGCAGCUGCGCCACCGCCGGCCCGAUGACGCGUGGAACGAGGGGCUCUGCAAGGUCUUCGUGUCCACCUUCUACACCCUCUCCCUGGCCACCUGCUUCUCCGUCACCUCCCUCUCCUACCAUCGCAUGUGGAUGGUCCGCUGGCCCGUCAGCUACCGGCUGAGCAACGCCAAGAAGCAGGCCGUGCAUACGGUCAUGGGCAUCUGGAUGGUGUCCUUCAUCCUGUCGGCCCUGCCCGCCGUCGGCUGGCACGACACCACCCAGCGCUUCUACGCCCAUGGCUGCCGCUUCCUGGUGGCCGAGAUCGGCCUGGGCUUCAGCGUCUGCUUCCUGCUGCUGGUGGGCGGCAGCGUGGCCAUGGGCGUGGUGUGCACGGCCAUCGCCCUGUUCCAGACGCUGGCCGGACAGGGGGGACGCCGGGCCCCCCGCCGCGCCUUCACCGUGCCCGCCAUCGUGGUGGAGGAUGCCCAGGGCAAGCGCCGCUCCUCCAUGGACGGCUCCGAACCUGCCAAGACCUCGCUGCAGAUCACGGGCCUGGUGGCCGCCAUCGUCGCCGCCUACGACUGCUUCAUGGGCUUGCCCGUGCUGGCGGUGACUCUCCGCAGCCUGCGGGCGGACGCCGCGGCCCCGUGGAUGGCGCUGUGUGUGCUGUGGUGCUCCGUGACCCAGGCGCUGCUGCUGCCCGUGUCUCUCUGGGCCUGUGACCGGUACCGCGCUGACCUCAGGGCCAUCUGGGAGAAGUGUGCUGCCCUCAUGGCCAGCGAUGAGGACUCGGACGAUGAUGCCAGCCUGGACGGUGGGGUCCCUCUGGAACUGCUGUCGGGGCGCUCUUUGAACUCCAGCUACGGGGACUUGGUGAGCCUGGACCCGGUGGCCACGUAUGAGCUCUCGGCCCUGGACGGGGCGCUGUCCCCGAUCUUCCCGCUGGGCGCCUUGCAGGAGGAGCGGAUGCAGUACCUGCAGGUGCCGGCCACGCGGCGCUUCUCCCACGACGACACGGACAUGUGGGCCGCCGUCUCGCUGCCCGCCUUCCCGCCGCGCUGGGGCUCGGCCGAGGAGCCGGCAGGGCUGGCGCUGCCCGCGGGGCCGGGGCGGCGCGGCGGUGGCGGCCCGCGGGCCCCCGUGGGGGACGCGCCCCCGUUCCGCGCGCGCCGCCGCUCGGCCGAGAGCCUGCUGUCCCCGCGGGCGCCGGCCCCGGACGGCGCGGGCCGCCGCCUCGCGCCCGGCGCGCGCUCCGCCUCGGCCUCGCGGCUGCCCGACGCCCUGGCGCUGACCACCUUCGCGCUGACCACCUUCGAGCGCGAGCCCCGGGCGCUGCGCCGCCCGCCCGCCGCGCCCCGGCCCUUCCCCGCGCGCGCCGCCCACGGCGAGGACGCGGCGCCCCCUGGCGGCGGCGGCGCGCAGCGCAUCCCCGGGCCGCCCCGUCCCGCGCCCGCCGCGCCCCUGCGGACCUGCCUGAGCGCGUCGUGGGCCGAGCCCGGGGCGCUGCGGGCGCUGCGGGCGCUGCAGGCGGCGGGCUUGGGCGCCGACAGCAGCACCAGCAGCUUCCUCAGCUCGCCCUCCGAGUCCUCGGGGUACGUCACGCUGCAUUCGGAGUCGCUGGGCUCCGCGUCCUAGGGGCUGCCCUGGCGCACCUCUGGGCCCCUUGCGUCAGCCAACUGGGCCGGG